AGGUCUCUCUGUGGGCAGUGGGUCUCUUUUGUGAGAGCGUUUGCUCGUCCUUUUCUUCCUCCACGUUUCCCUCUCUUUCUUUCCCCCUCACAUUUUUCUUGUGGAGCUCCGAGAUUUGUGCCAGAUCUACGCAGCUCAUUGUCUUGUGGCCGUGAAUCUCGAUCCGGCUUUUAGGGUUCUAGCAAUGCAGAGAUCUCCCCGGAAUUGAUAGCCUAGCGCAUUGGAUUCGCGACAAAGGAAUGUCGCUUCGUGCUCCCAAGGGCGUGGGGCUUGCAUGGCAGCCUGAGAAUCCAGCGCUCCUCGGCCGGGCUGGCAGCGUCGCGUCAGCGAAGGCGUCAUCAAGCUCCAAGAGUAGAGGAGCUCUUUUUCGUGUCAAGGGGGGCGUUGCUCGUCACAGCAUGGAUUUCCCACACAAGAACAAGGAAAUGGAUUCGUGCUCCUCUCAAGAUCGCGAAGAUGUUUCUUCCAAGCGAUCGACCACGAGUCCGUGCCUUCCUGGGAUCAUCUAUCCUCCAACCACGACUGUGGGAAAAUCGACCAACAUCUUCUGGCAGGAAUGCAUGGUGAAGAAACAAGAUCGAGAGGCGAUGCUGGGCCAGAAAGGAUGCGUCGUGUGGAUCACUGGCCUCAGUGCUUCAGGGAAGAGCACUCUAGCUUGCGCGCUGGAUCACGCACUGCUCAGCCGGGGGAAGCUCAGCUACGUUCUCGACGGAGACAAUCUCCGCCAUGGUCUCAACAACAACUUGGGAUUCAGUGCCGAGGAUCGAGCUGAAAACAUUCGACGUGUUGGUGAAGUUGCCAAGCUUUUCGCCGAUGCCGGACUGAUUUGCAUUGCGAGCUUUAUAUCACCGUAUAGAAAAGAUCGCGAUUCCUGCCGUCAGCUACUUCCCGCGGGAGACUUCAUUGAGGUCUAUCUCAAAGUUCCGCUCAGUGUUUGCGAGAAGAGAGAUCCCAAAGGCCUUUACAAGCUGGCUCGUGCUGGAAAGAUCAAAGGAUUCACCGGCAUUGAUGAUCCAUACGAGGAGCCUCAUAACUGCGAGAUCGUAAUGGAGAUAGACGACGGUGCUGUUCCCACGCCUUCGGAGAUGGCCGACACCGUUAUCUCGUUUCUCGAACAAGAAGGUUACUUGCCUGCCAAGCAAAACAGUAACAAUUGCUCCGGUGUACAUACCAACAUUGACUGUGAAGGCUAGAGAAGUUUGCUUGGAAACACGGUAAACUGUUAUUCCUUUCACUCUUACUAAUCCAUCCGUUUCCUUUUUUCUAG